AUGGGCAGCAAGAGGAGCUUUGAGGACCAACAUAGGGAAGAAGAAGAAGAGCAAGAACAAGAGGAACAAGAAGAUCAAGGAAGAGUUCCAGGCGUGGGAGGAGAGGGAACAGCAAGGUAUCCCAAGAGGUUGAAUCUAAAUUCCAGACUAGAGGAAGAAGAAGAAGGCCAGGCAUUAGAACUAGAUCGAGGCGACGAUCUCGAUCAAGCUAGAAUCGUCGCUGCUGGGUGUCAAGAUCCCAAGCUGGAUCAUCGUGGUCGUCAUCACGAGCUCGAGAAUGAAGAGAUGGAGGAGGAGGAGGAGGAGGAUAGCAGCGCGAUCGUGACAAGGGAAUUCGAGAUCAUCAAAGCCCCGCCGCCGCCGCUGCCGCUGCUACCGCCGCCAUCGCUCCUCUCGCGCCGGUUGCUCUUCACGCUGCCAGCACUGCUGCUGAGAACCACGCGUCGAUCGCCACCACCACCACCAAUCGCCAAUUCUCUUGCACUUACUGUGACCGAAAGUUCCCAAGCUCGCAGGCGCUGGGUGGCCACCAAAACGCGCACAAGAGGGAGAGAACUGCCGCUCGACGAGCUCACAGUGCUAGGACCGCCGCCGCCGCCACCACCACCACCGCUAUCACCCCCACCAUCGGUUUUCCCGGCGGAAGCUCGGGCUCCGCGUUCCACGGGGUUUAACGCCGCCGCCGCCGCCGCCAACAGGCCCCUGGGAGUGGAAUCCCAGUCCACCGUCGCCACGGCACCAAGUAGUCUUCACAAGAACUCCACUCUGCCAUCGUCGUCCCACCCAAACUCUGGCGAGCACCACCAUAGCUCCAGCUUCUCCGGAUUUGGAUUCCACCACCCAUCAUUGAGCGGCCUGGACUCCAAAGGUUGGUGCGCUGCUGCCAGAGCUGCUUCUUCGUUUCUCGCGGGAUCGUCGUCUCAACAGCAACACCAGCUGCAAAGAAGCCCGUCGGCCGAGAUGUUUGGUCACGGAGUUAAGUCGGGUGUUCGGUUUCAUAUCAAUGGUUUGGUCGGAGGAGCUCCGGCGGCGGAAGAGCAGCAGCACUACCAACACCAACAGCAGCAACAGCAGCAGCACCAAUGCAACCUGUCGUCGUUGAAGAACUCUGAUCCAUUCGAGGAUGACUCGGGCGAGCUGGAUCUCUCGCUGAGACUAGGAACGAAGCGGCACUGA